GUGUGUACAAUUGGAAGUGUGUAUUUUGUUUAUUUCUUUUUGUCAGAUAAAUUCAAUAAAAGUUACUUUUCGUCUGAUGUGCGGACAGUUAGUAGAAACGUUACUAAUAAAUAUUUAACCAUGAACAACCCAACUGUUCUGUGGGACAAGGAUGCAGAUAAACGUAAUACAAUAUUAAGGCAACCCAAAGCAAUAACUAUUACACAGCAGUCUGCACCUUCUAAUUCUCCAGAGGUAAAUAUCUUAAAUACAACUACCAGAGAUGAAAAACCACGUCUAAGUAGCAAAACACUCGUGGAUAGGGAAACGUUGGUUGCCAAUUCAACGUUAAAUGCAAGUGCUAAUGAAUGGUAUCCUAAAAAUGUUUAUGUUCCUCAUCCAGUUGAAUUUAUUACAAGUAGUGUUCAAAAACGCUUACAAAUACAUAGAGAGCCGCCACAAGUUAUUUCAGAAAAUAUUAACAAUGAGGUAACAGAAGGAUACUCACCUGACCUAAAUCGAAUUAAACAAAUAAUUACCACUUUAACAAAAGAUCCCGGACAAUUUCAUGAUUUGAUAGAACUAUUUAUGGAAACUUUGAUACCAUAUCUUGAAGACAUUAUGAUAACAUCCUUAGUAGCUGAAAUUAUUGUUGAACAGGCAAUAAAUUGUCCCAACUUUAGGUAUACAGCAGCAAGGUUGUGUUGGACUAUUGAACCUAUUUCACCACAAUUUCGGGCAGAGUUACAUUUGAAAUGUAAAAAACAAAUAGACGACAAUCCCGACCCGAAAAACGUUUUACCUUUAAUAGCUGAAUUAUAUAUACAGCUACCACAUCUCUUUGUUUAUGGAACGCUAUUAAUUAAAUUAUUUAAAAAAUUGCUUGAUAUUGGCGGCAAUGAAAAUAUUAAGACUAUAUGUCAAGCUUUGAAGUUGACUGGAUAUUCGUUGGAACAAAGUAAUAAGUCAGAGUUAGACAUGAUAUUCAGUCAUCUCAGAUCAGUUAGAAAUAGAGUAGAUGGAUCGGCAGCAUUUUUAUUGGAGUCGCUUUAUCCGUUAAGAGCGUCGAAUUGGGGACAUUUUACUGAAGAAUCAGAAUCCGAAUCAGAUGAUGCAGCAUUUGAUGGUAUUCAAAAUCAAGUAACAUAUGACAUUGACGGAGAAACAUUGACAACUGAGGAAAGAGAAUUUUUAGCUUCACAUAUAAAUGCCGAAGAUGAAUAUGACAUUGAAGAUGAUUCUGAUCCAGAUGAGCUGUGCGACCCUGAACCCGAGAUGGACGAAGAAAUUCAAGAGGCUUUUAAAGAGUUUGUUAAAUUUAGCGGACAAAAAUAGUUUGUUUAAUUUAAAUUAGCCGUGUAUAAAUUAAUUUGGACGAUGGUUUGUAAUUUUAUUGUAGAAAUUGUCAAUUUCGUGUACGCUGUGAGUUUUUUUACUGAUAAUCGUAAUUUAAGGCAUAUAUGUAUAGUUUAAAAUAUACAUAAAAAAAUUCCAAUAAAAUGAAUUUGUAAGGAUA